UAGGCACACACGCACAUACAAUAGAGGAAGUGGGAGCAGCCGGACUCAGCAGCACCACAUGUUUCAACUCAGCUGCGGCACUACUCAUACCCAGAUGAGAUGAGAUGCUUUCAGCGAGCAGAUUGACAAUAAGACUGGAGAAAAGUGUAGGGGGUCAAUUGGAAACAGCUUCAAUGUGACAGGAACAGGAAGUGGUGAAGAGAGUGAGCUACCUGGUAAAUCAUGAGGCUUGUCUGUUCCUCUCUAUCGACACUGCCUGUAUAUCAUCUCAGCCUUUCCAAAUAUAGAUUCAUCAGGCUUUACCAUGUAUUCAACUUAAAUCUGGAGGGAGUAUCUUCAGCCCCGUCCUGUCUGGCACCUGUUUGAUUGUUUUGGUGGCGAGAUGACACAAAACGGUGCUAGGACUGUUAAUGGUACCGCAAAAAAAGGAGAAGAACUUAAAAUUGUGAUAGUGGGAGAUGGAGGCUGCGGGAAAACCUCACUUCUGAUGGUUUAUGCUAAAGGUGAUUUUCCAGAGAAAUAUGCGCCAUCAGUGUUUGAAAAAUAUGUCACCACUAUCUCUCUCGGAGGAAAAGAGAUAAAGCUCAACCUGUAUGACACAGCUGGACAGGAUGACUAUGACAGGCUUCGCCCGCUCUCAUACCAAGAGGCCAAUCUGAUUUUAGUGUGCUUUGAUGUGACCAACCCCACCAGCUAUGAAAAUGUCUUGAUAAAGUGGCACCCAGAGGUGAAGCACUUCUGUCGGGACACUCCGGUCAUCCUGAUUGGCUGCAAGACAGACCUCAGGAAGGAUAAAGAGUGUUCAAGGAAGCUCAAGGCCAUGAAUCAGGCUCCCAUCACUUACAUGCAGGGUGAGGAGACCCGGCAGCAGAUGAAUGCAGAGCUCUACCUCGAGUGUUCAGCAAAGUAUCAGGAGAACGUGGAGGACAUUUUCAGAGAGGCCACCAAAAGAACUUUGGCCUAUAACCGAAAACAGAAGCACUUCAAGAGGAAGAAGAAAUGUGUCGUUUUGUGAAGUCAAAAGGACAGAGGCUUGAUGAGGACUCCACCCUCCUGCAUUUAAGAGGCCACUGCUGAUGGCUUCACUUUUCUCUCACUCACAUUCAGAGUGGUUGGUCAGAUACCAAAGAUGAUUCAGAAAGUACUCAUUCCCUCUAAGUUUGGGCCUCACUGAAUCAUCCUUUACCGUCCCUAGAACACGACUACUGACGGAACAGGAAAGAAAAUUAGGCAAGAAGCUGCAGCAGUGUGGAGACUUUCUAAAGUGGUAUGCAACUUGAAAUGCUUUCUAUCAAUGUAUUUUUAUAUUUUGUCUCAUAGAAAACAUUGUACUGUUUCCAAACCAUAUUUUAUUGAAAAAAAAAAGAAAAUAUAUAUAUAUAUUCAGGAACCUGAAGUAGUUCUCGUGUUGUGUUUUCUAUAUAUUUUUGUAAGGUUGAAUUGAAUGUUUCAUGUGUUACGGAUAAAUUCUCAAACAAAAUAGCUGUUAAAAUGCAAUAAAUCUUUGUACUGUGAGUCAUGGUUCAAGUGAAAAAGAAACAAAACAUUGAACACCCGGCAGGGUUAGAUCAUUUCCAGAAAAACACUGAACUAGAAUUUGUUUUGGAGCCUUGUCAACUUAAAGCAGAGCUCUUAUCUUUAACAACAGCGCCCACUAGUGUCGGAACAAAUGAAUGUGAGCAAUGGCUGCUAAUAAGACAAAAUAAAUACUUUGUAUAUCAGUGCACAGAAGAAACACAGCAACAGACAGUUUUUAAAUUGGUGUUUAAUUAUUAAUAUAUAUUUUUACAACGAUGUACACAGAUUGAGAAAUUGUCAUCUGUCUCUUGUUACUGAUCAUACUCAGGCACCAGUUACAGUCUUGUAAUGAACAUUGUUUAACAUCAGCUACAUCAUAAAUUGAGGAAAUCAAGUUGUUCUGUGCGUUCGGGCAGCUCUCGAGUCAAAUGUAACAUUUUGGUCUGUAACCAAAAAAGAAAAAAAACAACAAGCUUCAAUUCUCCCUUAAUAAAAGUGAUGUGUGAUGAAA